AUGGCUGCAAAUAGAUUGACGGCAGUUGUCGAGGAGGAAGACGCAGCUCUAUUAAAGUUUCCAAAAGAAUUCAACAAUGCCGAAACAUUAAUGAUUAGUGAAGUGUUAAAAAUCUUAGAGAACCGCAAAGAGCAAUCAGACAAAGCAGAUUCAGGCCAAAAACUUAAUGAGGUAUUCGUAAAAACAUUGGAACAUUGUAAAACUUUUAACAGAUUAGGUGAAAACAAAGAAAAGAUACAUGCCGUUCGUCGAAUGCUACAGAACAAAAAUCUACACAAAUUUGAACUAGCUCAGUUGGCUAAUCUAUGCCCUGAUUCAGCCGAAGAGGCGAGGACCUUCAUACCAAGUUUGGAGAAUACCAACCAGGAUGAAGAAUUGACAGAAAUCUUAAACGCAAUGUACUCCACUUAG